CAAUUAUAAAUUUAAGAUAAAAAAAACAAGCUUAAUUAUGUAGAUUGUUUCCUCACGUUUCAAAAAGGAUCUUAGGUUUUUGGCCUCACAUAUACUUUUCUAGGAACCUUUGACAAAUUCGCUUACAAAACAGCAUUUAUGUUUGCAUAGAUAAGUGCAAUUAUUAUCACAUGCACAUGUUUCCCGAUAUCUAGACGACCAGACUAGUCUCAUAACGUACAUGCAUCUCAGGUAAGUGAGCAACAGAAAAAAAAAAAAAAAGAGAAAGGAGCAAAAAAAUGGCGAGGAAAGGGAAAGAAGUGUUGAAUGCUUUGGAUGCGGCCAAAACGCAGAUGUACCAUUUCACAGCGAUUGUAAUCGCGGGUAUGGGUUUUUUUACCGAUGCUUACGACCUCUUUAGCAUCUCUCUCGUAACAAAGCUUCUUGGCCGCAUAUACUACCAUGUUAAUGGCUCCAAGAAGCCUGGAACGCUCCCUCCAAACGUUGCUGCCGCUGUUAAUGGCGUUGCCUUCUGCGGUACCCUCGCUGGCCAGCUCUUCUUUGGCUGGCUCGGAGACAAGCUUGGCCGCAAGAAAGUUUACGGUAUCACCUUGAUGGUCAUGGUACUGUGUUCGCUUGGGUCGGGUCUAUCAUUCGGUCACUCGGCAAACGGAGUAAUGGCCACACUCUGCUUCUUUCGGUUCUGGCUCGGUUUCGGCAUAGGCGGCGACUACCCUCUCUCGGCCACCAUCAUGUCGGAAUACGCCAACAAGAAGACACGUGGUGCAUUCAUAGCCGCCGUUUUCGCCAUGCAAGGCUUCGGAAUCUUGGCCGGAGGAAUCGUGUCUCUCAUCGUGUCGAGUGCGUUUGACCACGCCUUCGACGCUCCGACCUAUGAGGUUGAUCCGGUUGGAUCCACUGUACCGCAGGCGGAUUACGUGUGGCGGAUUGUGCUCAUGUUUGGAGCUAUUCCGGCGUUGCUAACUUAUUAUUGGCGGAUGAAGAUGCCGGAAACCGCUCGGUAUACCGCUCUGGUUGCUGGGAAUACCAAUCAAGCCGCCGCCGAUAUGUCUAAGGUGCUUCAAGUGGAUCUAAUUGCAGAAGAAGAAGUACAACAACAACAACAGUCAACUCCGUCUUCAUCAAACCCUAACUCCUUCGGCUUAUUCUCUAGAGAAUUCGCUCGCCGUCACGGCCUCCACCUCGUCGGAACAACCACGACGUGGUUCCUCCUCGACAUCGCCUAUUACAGCAGCAACCUCUUCCAAAAGGACAUUUACAGCGCCAUCGGAUGGAUUCCCGCCGCCGAGACCAUGAACGCGAUCCACGAAGUCUUCACCGUCUCCAGAGCUCAAACGCUAAUCGCUCUCUGCGGCACCGUCCCUGGUUACUGGUUCACCGUCGCUUUCAUCGAUUACCUCGGUCGAUUCUUCAUCCAACUGAUGGGAUUCAUCUUCAUGACCGUCUUUAUGUUCGCCCUCGCGAUCCCUUAUGAUCACUGGAGGCACAGAGACAAUCGAAUUGGUUUCUUAGUUAUGUAUUCGUUGACGAUGUUCUUCGCGAAUUUCGGGCCUAAUGCGACGACGUUUGUUGUUCCCGCUGAGAUUUUCCCGGCGAGGCUUCGAUCGACUUGUCACGGGAUAUCGGCGGCUUCCGGUAAGGCCGGAGCGAUCGUCGGAGCGUUUGGGUUUCUUUACGCGGCGCAGAGCACUGAUCCGAAGAAGACAGACGCUGGUUAUCCGCCGGGAAUCGGAGUGAGGAAUUCGCUGUUGAUGCUGGGAGGUGUUAAUCUCUUGGGGAUAGUUUUCACUCUGUUGGUUCCGGAAUCGAAAGGGAUGUCUCUGGAAGAGCUCUCGAGAGAGGAUGAGGAGCAAAUCGGCGGCGAUGCGACGGAGAUGACCGUAGCAAAUUCCGGUAGAACAGUCCCGGUUUGAUUUUUUUUUGUUUUCUGUUUUGUCCCCAUGCGUUGUUGUAAUUACUUAUUUUAACGAUCAUAUCAUAUAUGGGGUUAUGCUGUAUCUUUAUAUACUUCCGGGGCCAAUUUAGCAUUUAUUAGAAUUACAAUGGGCAUCAUCCGAAACAUAUUACUACGAGCUUGCUUUUUGUUGUUGUGGCAUUUCGUCUUCUUCCUUUGGACUGGAGACCCAUAAAUAAGGAAAAUCUGUGGACUUUGAUGAGCUUCUACUUCAAUGGCCGAGUCAACACGAAUUUCUUCGCUUCAAUGGCGGAUACUGCCACAGAUUUUCGCUUUCCUCUUGUUUUUUCCGAUGGUCUGGGGAAGUUUCUUUGAGCCUUUCAAUGUCAGCUACGACCACAGGGCUCUAAUCGUCGCCGGGAAACGGCGCAUGCUCGUCUCCGCUGGAAUUCACUACCCUCGCGCCACUCCUGAAAUGUGGCGUGAUCUCAUCACAAAGAGCAAAGAAGGUGGUGCUGAUGUGAUUCAAACCUAUGUGUUCUGGAACGGGCACGAGCCUGUAAAGGGUCAGUACAAAUUUGAAGGAAGAUACGACCUUGUCAAGUUUGUGAAGCUUGUUGGAUCAAGUGGUCUCUAUCUCCAUCUACGCAUAGGUCCUUACGUUUGUGCUGAGUGGAACUUCGGGGGGUUUCCAGUGUGGUUGCGUGAUGUUCCUGGCAUAGAGUUUCGAACAGACAAUGAACCUUUUAAGGAGGAGAUGCAGAAGUUUGUAACGAAGAUUGUGGAUUUGAUGCGAGAAGCAAAGCUGUUUUGUUGGCAAGGCGGUCCCAUAAUCAUGCUGCAGAUUGAGAAUGAAUAUGGGGAUGUUGAGAAAUCUUACGGGCAGAAGGGAAAGGAUUACGUCAAAUGGGCUGCAAGCAUGGCUCUAGGGCUUGGUGCUGGAGUUCCGUGGGUUAUGUGCAAGCAAGCGGAUGCUCCAGAGAAUAUUAUUGAUGCAUGCAAUGGAUACUAUUGUGAUGGUUUUAAACCAAAUUCGCAGAAGAAGCCAGUACUUUGGACAGAAGAUUGGGAUGGAUGGUACACGAAGUGGGGUGGAAGUUUGCCUCACAGACCUGCUGAAGAUCUUGCAUUUGCAGUCGCAAGAUUUUAUCAGCGGGGAGGAAGCUUUCAAAAUUAUUACAUGUAUUUUGGUGGAACAAACUUUGGUCGAACUUCUGGUGGUCCUUUCUAUAUUACAAGCUACGAUUAUGAUGCUCCUCUUGAUGAAUAUGGUGGGUGCAAGCUAAGGCUUGCUGGUCUGAGGAGCGAGCCUAAAUGGGGGCAUCUAAAGGAUCUUCAUGCUGCCAUAAAACUUUGUGAACCUGCCCUCGUUGCCGCAAAUGCACCUCAAUACAGAAAACUGGGAUCAAAUCAGGAGGCACACAUUUAUCGUGGAGAUGGUGAGACUGGAGGAAAGGUGUGCGCUGCAUUUCUCGCAAACAUUGAUGAGCAUAAAUCCGCAUAUGUGAAAUUUAAUGGCCAAUCAUAUACGUUACCACCUUGGUCAGUGAGUAUAUUACCAGACUGUCGACAUGUGGCUUUCAACACUGCGAAGGUAGGAGCACAAACUUCCGUUAAAACGGUUGAGUCUGCAAGACCUCAUUUAGGUAGUAUGUCUAUACUGCACAAAGUCAUGAGGAAGGAUAAUGUUUCUUAUAUCUCAAAAUCAUGGAUGGCUCUAAAAGAGCCUAUUGGCAUAUGGGGUGAAAACAAUUUCACUUUCCAAGGAUUAUUGGAGCAUUUGAAUGUUACAAAAGACCAGACUGAUUACCUGUGGCAUAGAACGAGAAUAAGCGUAUCUGAGGAUGAUAUCUCGUUCUGGAAGACAAACGAGGGUAACCCAACGGUGUCAAUUGAGAGCAUGAGGGAUGUGUUGCGUGUGUUUGUUAACAAAGAACUAUCAGGCAGUGUUGUUGGUCACUGGGUGAAGGCAGAGCAGCCUGUACGUUUUGUGCAGGGAAUUAAUGAUUUACUUCUGUUGACUCAAACAGUUGGUUUACAGAAUUAUGGUGCUUUCUUGGAGAAGGAUGGAGCUGGUUUUAGAGGCAAAGCGAAGCUUACUGGAUUCAAGAAUGGAGAUGUGGACCUGUCAAAAUCGUCAUGGACCUAUCAGGUGGGAUUGAAGGGUGAGGCUGAGAAAAUAUAUACUGUUGAACACAGUGAAAAAGCUGAGUGGAGUACUUUGGAGACCGAAGCUUCACCUUCAAUCUUUAUGUGGUACAAGACAUACUUCGACACCCCAGGCGGAACAGAUCCUGUUGUUCUUGAUCUGGAAAGUAUGGGAAAGGGACAAGCUUGGGUCAAUGGACACCAUAUUGGAAGGUACUGGAACAUCAUUUCCCAAAAGGAUGGAUGUGACAGAACCUGUGAUUAUCGUGGAGCCUACAAUUCAGAUAAAUGCACAACAAAUUGUGGAAAGCCUACACAAACCAGGUACCAUGUACCACGUUCGUGGUUAAAUCCGUCAAGUAAUCUACUCGUGCUCUUUGAGGAAACCGGGGGAAACCCAUUUGAGAUUUCGGUUAAGACCGUUACUGCAGGGAUUCUGUGCGGUCAAGUCUCGGAAUCGCAUUAUCCACCUCUGCGGAAAUGGUCCACACCAGAUUUCAUGAACGGAACGAUGUGGAUAAACAGUGUGGCACCAGAAAUGCAUCUGCGUUGUGAAGAAGGGCAUGUGAUAUCCUCCAUCGAAUUCGCCAGCUAUGGAACUCCAAGAGGUAGCUGUGAGAAGUUUUCUACCGGGAAAUGCCAUGCAGCCAAAUCGUUAUCAAUCGUCUCUGAGGCUUGUCAAGGACGUAACAGCUGCUUCAUCGAAGUGUCAAAUGCUGCAUUUCGCAGUGACCCAUGUAGCGGAACUUUAAAGACGUUAGCGGUUAUGGCACGAUGUUCGCCGUCUCAUGACGCGAGUUACUUCGGUUCUUAGACAGCGUGAAGCGGCUCAGGACGAUGAACAACUGUCUUUCUUUUCUUGUUAUGAUUAUAGUAAGAAGAACAUGCCUCAACACAAAGCUUCUCGCUUUGAUCUUUUUUAUCUUCCAGAGACUGAACAAUUGGGUAUGAAUUAUGAUCUUGCUUAUUCAUCGUUGUAUCCAGUCUCUACUUGAAACCAAUAAACUUUUAAGCAUCUUUAAUGUUUUCUGCUUGUACAAUUUGUUGUUCGAGAAUGUCCAACGACACUCGAAGUUGAUGUAAUGAUCUCGAUUGUUAUAAAUGGAAAUAUUUAAGUUUCUCUCUCUGCGUUACACAUUAUAUAUAUUUUAUAUAUUCACUUUUUUUUU